UACCUCGCGCGGCUCGCGAGUCGGGCGUGGGGCGGAGGUUUUGUCGAACAAAGUCCCGGCUCGGGGUCGGGCCGCGUGCCGCCGCCCGCCUCACUCUAGCGUUUUGUAUAAUUUUAUAAUGAACUAAUAAUUAUUAAUUUAAUAGUGAAAUAAAUAUUAUUUGUAUUAUGAAUAUGAUAUGAUAGUUACUGAAGCUGUGUGAAUGUCGAUUGAUAUGUGAAAUUAAUAAUUAGUAAGCAAAUAAAUUUGAACAAUUUGAAUUGAAUUUAUUUCCAUUUGAUCCCCAGCAAAUGUCAACAUGAACCAGACACACGCUACGCCACUUCCAUAGCACUAUGUAUCAAUAACAAUUUAUAUUUGUACUUCCGAGAGACUCCCAUUUUCACCAGGUCAGGAUCUGAUGAUGGAAUCCUAGGGAAACCGAGGGGAACUUUCAAAAUUGUAGGGGCCAGCAAUGCGUCCAUUGCGUUUUUAAUAAAGAUUUUUGUACACAAAAACUUAAUAAGGGUCGAGUCGGCCUGAUGAUGAAACCGACAAUCGAGGGAACUUCUCAAUCGUGUACAGUAACUACUUUAUGUUUGGGCUUAUAUCAUUUAUGUUGAUAAGAUAUUGCAGCGAUGUGGAUUCUACCUGGUAUAACGGGUCUAUGUAGCCUUAUACUAAAAGAAAAAAAUAAAAUGUAAAAAAAAACAAAAACUGAAAAGCAAAACAACUAUUCUUAGCACUGAUUCUGAUACCGAUAGGCUGCACCCACCCACUGACAGGUAACAAGUAUUGCACACAUUUAUUACACGCCGAUACUAGCGCCACCCUGGGCUCGGUAAACUCGUCCUUUGAUAUGAAGGCGAUGAAAGUACAUUACAGUGGCAACGUCGCCAGGCCACCAGGCUCUCGGAAGGCAUGGGGAGCUAUAGGUCGUGGCCACGCUGCUAACUUGGUGACGUUGCCAAAACCGUCACUACCGUCGCUUCGGCGAGGCGUUUAAUGAGUCAGAGCUGGAACGUGUACGGGCGCAGCGCAGCGGCUACAAGCUGCAGUGUUUAUGUAGUACUAAAUAUAGCGCGCGGGCGGACGCCGCCUCCAGCGCCUCUGCUAUCUGCGAGCAGCGGGCACAGCUUCCGGCCGCCGCCCCCGCCUCCACUCGCUGCUCAGUACUCAGUACUCAGUGCGGACUGGAGCCGACCACACCACCGACUACUAGUACACUACUUUUAAAGUCAAAGCUCAUUUAAUUGUAAGCAUAAUAUUUAUUUUGCAAUCUUACGUUGAGGUUAAUGAAUGUAACUUUUUAUAAGAACAUUAUACUAAUUUGUAAAGAAACAUUGUGUUCAAUGUUGUUGUGAUGUACUAAUUAAGAUACGAGUGUCGUGGCACGGAGCCGGUGUGUGGCUUUAUAAUACGAACGAAACGUUACCGCCGAGGACGUCGUCAGGAUUAGUGAUUGGAGUGGCAGAGCGCGGCCUGUGGCGCGGCGCAGCGAUGUUGUCGAUGUCGCGGCAGUGGGCGCGGCGCGGGCGGUGGCGCGCGCUGGCGCUGGCGGCGGCGGCGCUGUGCGCGCUGUGCGUGCGCGUGCCGGCGCAGCGCUCCGCCGACCUGCGCGUGCCGGGCCGCGCGCCCGCCGAGCUCGCGCACUGGCUCGCCGACUUCUCCAACCAGCUCGAUAUAUCUUCUUGGAGCGUUGAGGACGACCACAGCAACUACACGACGUGGCGCUACUCGGUGUCGUUCUCGUGCGGGCCGGGCUGCCGCGGCCGCGGGGCCGUGCUGGCCGCGGACGAGCCAGCCGGCGCCGCGCCGCAGCACGGCCGCGCCGCGCGCGCGCACCGCGUGUCGCUCGUGCGCCGCGACUGCACGGCGCUGCCGCUGCUGCCCUGGCCGCAGCUCUGCGAUGAGCUGGAGCUGCGAGCCGAGGUGUCGGGCGGCGGGGGCGGCGGCGCGCGGCUGCAGUGGGCGGCGCGCACGAGCUGCGGCGCGCUAGGCUGGGCGAGCGGGGCGUGCGCGCGCCGCCUGCAGCGCCACCACGAGCACGCGCUGCAGCGCCUGCUGCACGCCGCGCCGCGCGCCUCAUGAGGCUCCACACUACUCACUUUCAUAAAAACCAACUUCUAAUACGUGUCACAAACAUUGUAAAUAAAUAAAUAAUACUUCAAUAUUUGGCUUGACCCAAUA